AUGAAAGCAUCACAUAGGAGACUUUCCGUGCUGAUCAAUCACCUCAAGCAAACAACAACAUCAAAUUCUCUUGUUGCUGCUCAUCAUCGGGUGGUUUCUCAUCAAAAUUCCUUCACCACAAAAACAACAAAUAUUCACUGCACAUCACUGCAACGAAAUUUUCAUCAUGAUUUUGCUCUGCAAUUCAAUGAAACUAAAUGUAAUUUAGAAAAACAAGAGGCCACAUCAUUCUCUACGAAUUUUAAACAAUAUUGGGAAUCUAUUUAUUCAUAUAUUCAAAAGGGAGAUGUUUCUCUGGAGGAAUCAAUCAAGGGAGUGGUUCACGGAAUUAAUAUUAAUAAUAUUAACAAGGUGGAGAUUCCUGAGGAUAUUUCACAAAAACUUGCUCAAAUGUACAUGAAGAAUUUGGACAAGAAUGGAAAGAUUAGAUUCUUUGAAGUGAUGAUUAUGCACUUUGGUGGUGUUCCAAUUGCUCCUUUAUUACAAAUGAUGAGUAAUAAUGUUGUUACUGAUAAUAGCAAUACUCUUUUACAAACUUUGGACAAGAUGAAAGGUGCUCUGCAAAAUGUGCAAUCUAGUGAAAAUGUGGAGCGAAAUAUUUUGGGAUAUUUGAAUACUAUUCAACAAUUGAGAACUAGUUUGGAACCAUACUAUGAAAAAUUCUUGGAACAAUUCAUUUUAAUAUUGAUGAAGAAGGAAAUAUCUAUUGGAAGCCAAAGUAUGAAUGGAUUGGAAUUUGUCAUGCAAAUGAGAAAGGACUUGCUGGAUAUUAUUGCAACACUACAAAAGCAACAAUCCACUCCAGCAACCAGUGAUUACAAAAAAUUCAUUCUACCAAUACUCCUCUCUGAUCUCAAUACCAAUUUGGUAAGAUUAUUGUCGAGUUGGUUCUCUCCAUCAUUCCUCGAAUGUAAAGAAUUAGAUUGGAGGGAAACUAAUGCUCAACUAGUUGAAAAGAUCAUUCACUACGAACGUGUCCAUCCAAUUGCAAACAUGGAAGCUCUCAAGAAUAGAUUAGCUCCAACACCAAACAGAAAAAUGUAUGGUCUUUUCCAUGCUGCCAUGCCAAGAGUUCCAUUAGUUGUUUUGCAAGUUGCCUUAAUGGACAGUAUUGCCUCAAAUAUGAGACAAGUACACGACAUUGAAAAGGCCAAGGCAACACCAAAUGUAAAUACUGCCAUCUUUUACUCAAUCUCCUCAACUCAAGCUGGUUUAACAGGCAUUGAAUUGGGAAAUUAUCUUAUCAAGAAGGUAGUUGGCAUUCUCCAACAAAAACAAUUGGUCAGUGAUAAUUACGGUGGUGAUAUUGUACAAUUCUCUACUCUUUCUCCAAUUCCAUCAUUUAUGAAAUGGUUAUCUCAAAAAUUGAGAAUUGAAUGCUCUUCUGAUUUGAACAAGUUCCACGAUGAGAGCUUGCUUCGGUCUGCAGAUGUGGAAUUACUGAAGAAAUUAGCUAUGGAAGAACCUCAAUUGUUUGGUCUCACUUCUCCAAAGGAAUGCACCUCUGAUUUACAAGCUAAAGAAUUGCUGCUUUCUCUUGUUGAUGGAAUUGUUGGAGGAGGAAUCAAUUCUACAACUGAUUCACUCCAUCCAAGUGAAAAACUCAAACCACUAAUGGAAAGACUUUGUGCAAGAUAUCUUUAUAAAGAAAAACACAAGGGUAAGGCUCUCGAUCCAGUUGGAAAUUUCCACUUGAGAAAUGGUGCCUGUCUCGAACGUAUUAAUUGGAAGGGUGACCUCUCCGUGAGAAGACUCAAAGAAAGUUAUGGAAUGAUGGUCAAUUACAAGUACGUUUUAGAGUUGGUAGACCAAAACCAUCAUGACUAUGUCAUUACUGGAGCUAAAUCUAUCACAUUGGGAGAAAUGUUCGAUCGAUCUCUUUUGGAAUAA